GUUUGAAGAGGGAAGUUUGCAGAGCCAGUUGCUCUCCCAUCUAGUCCGGUGCAGUGUUUGCAAAUACCUUAAACGCCGAGCGAGAGAAGAAGGAGGGGAACGAAAAGGAGGCUGCUUGAAAACAAGCGCUGCUUGGUUUGCGUCGCAUGCGAGUUACAGCAGGGGACACUCUUCGCUCCUUUUCCUCUUGGCUUGUUUUUCUUCCUCAUAACACAUUUAACGCGCAAAUCAAAUAGGCUUACUUUGACAGAAGCUCGGGAAAAUGGAUGUUCUACCCAUGUGCAGCAUCUUUCAAGAACUUCAAAUAGUUCACGACACGGGCUAUUUCUCCGCCUUACCGUCACUGGAGGAGUACUGGCAGCAGACAUGUUUGGAACUGGAGCGCUACCUUCAGAGCGAGCCGUACGUCUCCACUCCUGAUCUGAAGUUUGACGGCCCGGAGGAUCUCUGGAGCAAGUUGAUCUUGGCCUGUGGGGAUAAGGCCAAAGCUGAGUCCGACCCCAAGCUGCCCCUUGCGCCCCCGGAGGAGGACAAUCACGACAGCCAAAUUUUUGACACCAACAGUGUGAAUUCGGAUGCCAGCAGCGAAGCGUCAGACAGUUCCGAGGAGCUCUCGCCCACGCACAGCUUUAGCUCCAACCCACUCGGCUCUGCCUUGGUAGGCUCUGGACCUUUUAGCCCGUCCGUGAUCAGCACUCCGCCAUCAUCGCCGGAGGCCAUCUCCGAGCCCGGCAGUGUCGUGAACGGCUGGGUCGGCAUGCACGGCGACUUGCACUUGCCGGCCAAAAUCAGGAGCGGCGGCUUGGCAAAGACUUCGGAAAAGACGGGACUCACCUGCGGGGAUGUUUCUCCGGACGGCAGGAGGAGAAUACACCGGUGUCAGUUCAACGGAUGUCGCAAGGUUUACACAAAGAGCUCCCACCUAAAAGCACACCAGCGCACUCAUACAGGUGAGAAGCCGUACAGGUGUUCAUGGGAGGGCUGCGAGUGGCGUUUUGCACGAAGCGACGAGUUGACCAGACACUUCAGGAAGCACACCGGGGCAAAGCCAUUCAAAUGCAGUCACUGUGACAGAUGUUUCUCCAGGUCUGACCAUCUGGCUCUUCACAUGAAGAGGCACAUUUGAAGCCGGGGUGAGCACCAAACCAAGCAACACAGCGGAGGGCAACAAUUUUUUUUUGUUUUUGUGGGAUUUUUUUUUUAAAUGGGGAUGGGGGGGAAGAAAAAAAAAAUCAGUCUCCCUACCAGUCUCUUGGUUGAACUUAUGCCAGAGAGCAGAAUGGUGGGAGUGUGUUCCAGCCAAAGCAUGCUGUUUUGCACCAUACUGAAACCCAGUGCCUCCGGGUCCUCUCUUCAGAGGAGGGGCGCCCUGAAGGUUGCAACAAGCGGACAAAAUCAUCCAUGUUAGGGGACAAAAAUGCUAAGAGCAAUUUUUGAUUCAAGUGGUCAGGAAGAAAAAAAAACAAAACAAAAAAAAAGACAAUAAAAGAAUGAAUGAUUUUGUUUGUAUGGUGCAUGAUGUUUUGGAGACAUCUCCCCAUCGGACAGCUGAUACACUGGUACUUUGCAAAAACUGUCUGAGGUGAGCACGAAUGUACUGUGAAUGACUGGCACGGGCUGCCUGCCCCCUUCCGGGAAGAAAAGGAGGCUUCGGGGAGGGAAAGAAGCCAAGAUGGAUGGCUCGUUGGAUGGGCCGAGGGGGCUGGCACCAACGUUGCUGUGGACUGAGUGGGGUUUCUUGGGGAAACAUUCCACUUAGGUUUCCCCAGUGGCAGUCUGUCUGGCACCUAAACCUUGGGGGGAGAGAAGGUUUUUCUACCAGAGGAAAACCAUGUCACCUUUCCGGUCGGUCCAGGACCGAAACUCACCCCCGUGGCCCGCUGUAUGAGAUGAGUUUUUUUUUGUUUGUUUGUUUGUUUUUGUUUUGGUGUUUUUUGGUGCAGCUACUAAAUGUGCAAUGUGUUAUGUAGCCUGAUUUCUUAUUUUUUUACGAGCUACAAAGCUUCCUUUUGUAGUCCAAUUGUAUGAGCUGUGUGCUUAGAGGUAUAACAUAACUAUAACGUCAGUAUCAUAGACAGGUGUUGCAUGGUUCUAGGGUUUGAUCAUUUCCCGUUUCCACUAUAAUCAGGACUGCAAAUAGUUUAAAUUAAAGAGCAGCUAAAAUGCAAACGGUUGAAAAAAAUGGUUACAAUAUUGUACAUAAAGCCUUGAUGAUUCCCUCUUCUUUUUUUUUUUUUUGUUUAACCAAAUCCUCAUUCCUGUUGUUCAUUUCACCACUGCUUGCUCGUUCUUCUCAUUCAUCUUCUGCCUUGGGGUGACAAUUUUUUGGAAUUUUUUUGUACUUUGUUUCUAUCUAAUAAUGCACUGUUGACCUGAAUGGUGCCUUAUGCAAGUGACGGCCCCGAGGCAGUGGGUGGUGCGCUCCGCUCGGGAGGUCGUGUUUGUUCUAUGGGUGAUUUGACAAGCUUGAUCAAGGCUCAAUUACAAAGGUCUUCUCUUUGUGUUUUGUGACGGCGAUCUCUCGUUUCUUAAGUGUGGUCAUUCAAGUACUUGUUUUGUUUUGGGAGUCUGAGCACCCGAUUUAGUGACAAUUCUGUAAAUAGUUCAAAUGCUGUAUGUUGAAAGCACUUAUUUUUUCGUUAUGAACGAUGUCAACUACUGUGUAGUAUGUACUUGAUGUCCAUCAAACACAGCUCAAAAGGUACAAAAAGAGCCCCGUCAUUUUUAAGUUGAUCCUUUUCUCGGUAAGCCCCCCUCCCACCGUUCCCCCCCUUGUCCCUUUUAUGCCUGCAAGUGGGACUGAAGAAACGGCUAAAGAUUUAUUGUAAUUAACAGGCUGCAGUUGGACAGGCCUCGCCUUGUAGUGCCUCACAGGAAUGAAUUGCUAAAGGCUUUGUUGGCAUGGAAUCUGUCACAGAUUGCUGACUGCGGAGGUUGGAUAUUGACCUGUCUGGGCAGCGUUGUUUUAGCAAGGCGGCAACAGUAUUAUGAAAACCAAAAGCACGAUUUGCCCCCCA